AGAGAGAGAGAGGGGUGGGUCUGGGGUCAGAAACACACGUCGUGUUCAGGCAAAAUCCAUGUGCCCACAUGGACGAUGAGGGGAGAGAGAUACUAUAAUAACUCUCAUACUGAUGCUAGUUCUACUCAUGGACAGACAUCAUUAUAAUCCUCAGCAGUCAGCACCACAAGAAGAGGCAGCAGUAGUCAAGUGAAACACCCGCGAACAAACCAUCACCCCUUGUUGGUGGUCUGUAACUUAACGGUUGCGCUUUGACACAACCAAGGGAGUCUGGGAAACAGAGAGAGAGAGAGAGAGAAAAAGAGAGAGAGAUGAAAGAGAAGAGUGAAAGCGGAGGUGGGUAUGUGAGGGCGGAUCAGAUAGAUCUGAAGAGCUUGGACGAGCAGCUUCAGAGGCAUCUGAGCAGGACAUGGACUAUGGAGAAGAACAAGAGCAGAGAACAAGAACAAGAAGCAAGGCCCACUGUAACCAGGCAUGAGUGGGAGAUUGACCCCUCCAAGCUCAUCAUCAAGGGCGUCAUAGCCCGUGGCACUUUCGGCACCGUUCACCGCGGCAUUUAUGAUGGCCAAGACGUUGCUGUUAAACUUCUUGAUUGGGGGGAGGAGGGCCACAGGUCAGAGGCUGAAAUAGCUUCUCUUAGAGCAGCUUUUACGCAAGAGGUUGCUGUUUGGCACAAGCUUGACCAUCCUAAUGUAACAAAGUUUAUAGGGGCAACAAUGGGUACUUCAGAGCUAAACCUACAAACAGAUAAUGGCCACAUUGGCAUGCCAAAUAACAUUUGUUGUGUUGUUGUGGAAUAUUGCCCUGGGGGUGCACUAAAAACUUACCUCAUAAAGAACCGAAGAAGGAAGCUGGCUUUCAAAGUAGUUGUCCAACUUGCCUUGGAUCUUGCAAGAGGGAUGAGCUAUCUUCAUACGCAGAAGAUCGUCCACAGAGAUGUUAAAACAGAGAAUAUGCUCCUGGACAAGACGCGUACUGUAAAAAUAGCUGAUUUUGGAGUUGCUCGUGUUGAGGCUUCAAAUCCUAAUGACAUGACUGGCGAGACUGGAACCCUUGGUUACAUGGCACCAGAGGUUCUCAAUGGCAACCCAUAUAAUAGGAAAUGUGAUGUGUACAGUUUUGGUAUCUGCUUGUGGGAGAUAUACUGUUGUGACAUGCCGUACCCGGACCUCAGCUUCUCAGAAGUAACAUCAGCCGUUGUUCGCCAGAAUCUGAGGCCAGAGAUUCCCCGGUGUUGCCCAAGCUCUCUUGCAAAUGUAAUGAAGCGAUGUUGGGAUGCUAACCCCGACAAGCGGCCGGAGAUGGAUGAGGUAGUGGCCAUGUUGGAGGCCAUUGACACCUCAAAGGGUGGAGGUAUGAUCCCUCAUGAUCAGCCUCAGGGUUGUUUGUGUUUCCGCAGGUAUCGAGGGCCGUGAAAUACUUCAAACUCCUCCAAGCAAAGCAAUUCUGAUGGUAUGCAACACAGAGCUCUGGAAAUUCAAUUUGUAUCUUAUUCAAUUUAAACAGAUUGAAACUAAAGGGAAAACGAAACUGUGAAGGCUAUAGGCUAAGAGAGGCUCUCCAAUAUCUGUUACCUUAUUGGACUAUAGAUUUUGUAAAGCAGUUCUUUCUUUCUCA